UCGACAUCAGUUCUGACUUCAAUCGAAAAGGAUGAGACGUGACUCACGUGGAGGCUAGGUACAAAAAGCCACACCGAUACAAACUUCGUCUUCAACUUGAACCAACACGUCAAGUCCUCUCCUUGCCACGUGCUUGCAUUAGCAUCGUCUUUUCUUCGGCUCGACUGGUGGGACAUUGUCGCUAUCAAGCGGAUAUAUCGGCACAAAGCUUGGCAAACCGCCCUCUUCCCCUCCCACUUUACCACUCUACCAGACAUACCGUAUACCCCAUCAAUCAUCACACCGUCUUCUACAAUGAAUCGUACCACCGACACUUUCUCAAUAACGCCAUUCAAUAUUUAUUUGUGUUGUAUUGCAUACUGCAUACUGCAUACUGCACACUGCUGAUUGCUCAUUGCACCAGGACGGACUUUCAAUUCCCCUCCCCAAAGUAUCGAAAGAUAUUCCAACGUCCAUGAACUCUGGAGCGUUCUCAUCGUGGUUCUCUCUCCGUGGAGCAUGUGAUCUUGAUCAACCUCACGUAAAGCGUUUGGAUGCCUCAGAUGCCCAUGAAGUUCGUAUCAAAAGUGGAAACAUGAAAACUGGAAGAUAUGACAGGUCUCUGACAGUCAGCAUUUGAGAACUGAGCUACCAGUUUUUACUCACUCACUACCUUGACCCCUCGACGAACCUACUCCGUACUAGGUAGGUACUUGUACCGGUAUACUAGCUACUGUUUGAGCAAGAUUGGCCCGGAGGACAAAAAAAGCUUGAGCGAAAUUAGUGGCCGCGAUGGAUCUGCGUGAUGGAACCGGGGUAGGGACUAGAUUGCCUAAUUGCGAGGUUUGUCAUCUCGACCUUGAAAGAUACUCAAUGCCCACAAUUUUCACAUGAUGGGUGCAUUCGCUUUUUCUCAUUCAUAAAUGAUUCCCUUCCCAUCGGAGAAUGGUUGGCAUUUUCAAUAUCUUUACUUGCACACUUACUCACUACUGUCCUUAGUACUUCUUACUAAAUCGAAGUUUCAUGAGCAGAAUAUCAAAGCGCAUUGUGCACCUCUUCUUAAGUACGUUUGGGUGACAAGAAUAAGGGAAAGACUUGUUUUCUCAAAAGUCUCUGGACAAUCACUUCACUAUGACGGACAAUACGGGCCUUGAGAAGGAUGAUCUCCAUGAUUUCAAAUCCUCCAAUACAGCUUCUGUAACUCUCGCAUCAUCACUAUCAGAUCAUGAAAACCACUACCCUCCGCUCUCGCAUGCGCCUUCUAUCACAUCUUUAUCAUCCGAUUCGAUCAAUAGUGAUCCUCUUGCUCCUCUCGAGCAGGCUCUCACAGCGAACCUUGAAACGGCUGCUGAACAACUUGCACAUGCUCAAUUAAGUUACACGAGGACCGGUACAUCAUUCGCCACUACUGGAUCACGAAAUCCAUCAUUCGAAAUUGAUUUCGAAGACAAUGAUCCUGAUGAUCCGAAAAAUUGGCCUUUGUGGUAUCGAUCUUAUACAAUUUUUGCCGUGAGUUUUGCAACAUGGUCUACGGUGUUGUAUAGUUCGUCAUAUACAUCCAGUAUGCCCGGAAUGAUGAAAGAAUUCUCCGUCACAAGUAAACCACUAGCGACGUUGGGUGUGACCACAUAUUUACUGGGAUUGGCGACUGGUAGUUUGGUUCUUGCACCAUUGAGUGAGAUUUGGGGUAGAAGACCAGUUUAUAUUGGAUCUCUGGCUUUCUUCUCUUUGAUGGUUUUACCGUGUGCUUUAUCAACUUCAUUAGGGGAGGUCUUGGGUGUUAGGUUUGUUGGUGCGCUUGCAGGUGCUGCUAUGAUAUCAAACUCUCCUGGAACAGUUGCAGAUAUCACAACCGACCAAUACCGUGCAUUGGUUUUCAGUAUCUGGAGUAUUGGGCCAAUGAAUGGUCCAGUAACAGGCCCCCUCAUUGGUGGGUUCGCUGCAGAAUACCUAGGAUGGAGAUGGACAAAUUGGAUUGUGAUGAUACUUUCCGGAUGCGCUUGGAUAGCUUGCGGAUUUGUUAAGGAGACUUAUGCACCAGUCAUCUUGAUCAAGAAGGCAGCAAAAAUGCGCAAGGAAACGGGCGAUGAGCGAUAUUGGUGUCGAUACGAUCAAAAGAAGAGCUUCUAUGAGAUCUUGAAAAUCAAUCUUUCUCGACCAUUCGUCCUGAGCUUCACAGAGCCAAUUCUUUGGUUUUGGAAUACGUACAUUGCUGUCAUCUAUGGUAUCCUCUAUCUUUGUUUCGUCGCAUACCCGAUUAUUUUCACGGACAUGCGUGGAUGGAGUCUUGGCCAGACUGGUCUCGCUUUCCUAGGAAUCGGAUCAGGAACCAUGCUCGGAAUUAUCGCCGAACCGCUUAUUCGCAAAAUGAUCAACUCACAUAAGAAAGAUCCCGAAACUGGAAAAGUUCCACCCGAAGCUUCGGUCAGCAUUAUUUGUAUAGCAGCUGUUUUGUGUCCCAUCGGUCAACUCUGGUUUUCAUGGACUUGCGUUCCCAUCACCAUCCAUUGGAUCUGGCCCAUUCUUGCAGGGAUCCCCUUUGGAGCAGGAAAUACCUUGGUAUUCAUCUACGGAACCAACUAUCUCGCCGGCUCAUACGGUAUUUAUUCGGCAUCGGCAUUGGCAGGAAAUAGUGUUGUCAGAUCAAUUGUUGGAGGUACAUUACCAUUGGCUGGACCGGCGAUGUAUGGCGCGCUUGACCCGCAAUGGGCUGGAACUCUUCUGGGGCUAGUACAGGUCAUUCUAAUCCCAAUUCCUUUCAUUUUCUAUAAAUGGGGAUCCAGAAUUAGAGCGAAGAGUCCGUUGAUUAAACAGAUGAGGGAAGAACAGGAGAGAAAUGAUAAGAGAGUUGCUAGGGCGAAGAGAAAGGAGGAAAAGAAAGCGGCGAUGGAUACAGAAAAUGGAGGAGUGAUGGAGGCAGGUGAGAAAGACAUGGAAAAGGGAGAUGAGGUUGUGACUGGGACGGAAGAAAAGGCGUGAUGCCAUGAGUGUGGAUGAUCUUCGAGAUGGAUGUAUCGAUAAGGGAUGAGAUAAUGAUUGUAAAAGUGAUAUCAUGUAUGGAUAGUGUGCCGAUGAUACCCAGCGAUAGAAAGUAAUAGAAUAAUGUUUGAACUUAUAGUAUUUUAGGACU